UUUCAAUCCAAUAUGUCAGCGCCCAUAGAAAUGUGACCCUGGCGUGAAAAAAUAAAAAAGGGAGAAAUGAGGCUGACACAGUAUCUUCAGGUUGCUAAAAAAGCAAAGAAAUUCGUUUGGGAGGCAAAAAACGUCUACAGGCGAAGUCCGUUACGAUGGAAAAAUGCCAAUCUUGGUACAAGAUUCAAGCAACUUUGGAAACACCAGAUCUCGAUCUAUAAAGAACCACCGUCUUUUCAACCUCAUUUCUUAGACGAGCAAGGAAUAGAAGUUGUAAACCCACUUGCAAGAACUCCGAAUGAAAAAUGGGAGCAGUCUGUCCCUGAUGAUCCAAGAUUCAUCGAAAUAGAGCCAUCAGACCACCCAGAUUGGCAUGAUGAACCGUUACUCUGCGUCAACAAACGUGUCCGUCUCGUUGAGGGUGAAAAGCAGGCCUGCAUCCUGACCAAAACACAGCCGUUUGACGGUUUGCCGCCGUCUGUGCAGGAACUGGUGGGGAAGGAGGAAAUACCAUAUCAGGAUGAUCUGAUGCAGCGUGCCAUCCUACAGGCUCACUGCUGGGAUACGACACAAGAGAAAUUGCCAAAACGCUACAAUAAACAGAUCCCUGGCUGGAAAUAUAAAGCAGAGUGGGGAAUUCCUCAGGAAAAGAUUGUUCACAUAUUAUACAGCAACAUCCUGCGGCUAUGUUCAUCAGUGUCAACAAGAUAUCCAGAAAUACUGACGACAAGGCGGUUAAACGAGGACGCUUAUGUCAACACAAAUUAUCAACAUAAUGGUACCCCCAUCAUGAUCAAGGGCAGCCAUCAAUACCUCAUUACCAGUGAUCGACCCCUGGCACCCUUCGCUGAUGAGACAAUGGUCGAUGAUAGCGUCCAACACACAAUGCCAGACCUAUUUCCACUUUUUCCCACCAUUGAUUUACACAAGACGAACUUGUAUACAAUGGAAAACAACACAGGUUGGCAAAUGCCUUACUCGCAUAACAUCCCUCACACGUUGUUUGUGAGUAAUGGGACGAAACUGUGGAACCCGGACCAGCUCAACGCCAACUCUAUGAUGUUCUUGUUUGGCCAUCUCAUUGCUCAUGCGAAGGCAAAAUACGGGGCUGAUGCCACAACUCUCCCUGAACCCAUCUCAGGCCAGUGCGUCCACACAAACGGUAUUGACUUCCAUCUCAUAUUCUACCAACUAAACACCCUCGAUUUCUCAAGCACCGAGGGCAUAAAGAACUUCGUCUGGUUUGAUAGGAGUAACCGAUUAUUCGAAAAACGCGUCCCGAAACGUGCGAUGUUACGAAACACAAAAUAUGAGGACUAUGAUCCUGUGGUCUUCAAGAAACUGUUAGCUGUUUAUUUAAAUGGAAUACCUCGUCAUUCUUGAGUGUUGUGUGGGAGGAUAGUGGACUUGAGACAGUAUGAGAUGCUUGAUUCUGAUAUGCUGUAUCUGCAAACAUUUGCAUCAGCCAUCAGAGUAGGCGAUGGUCCUUCUGUUCGUCAUCAUUGGUUGUGCUGGUUGUUCAGCUUGGGAACCAUGAUUGCUGUAGUCCAACCAGCAAGUCAGUUUUCCUCAAGAGUGUUCAUCAAGAGCCUGGUAAAUCAUAGUGUGCAAACUAAUGUAAAUAGAUUAUAAUAAAAAAAGAUUUAAGUCAAAAUACUCUUAUAUCUUUUUAUACUGGCAAACAUUUUGGACCUGAGAGGAUGAGGAAGGAUUUUUCCACCUGGAAGACCAACUUGAUUGUGCACCAUG